AUGGCCUUGUUCAACGCUAUUCCAUAUAACUAUCUCCCAACCGCUUCGCGCCUCAAAAACUCAAUCCCUCGUCAUGAAUCUACACAGAAGAAAUUCACGCCGAACGAUACAGCAGUUGUAGCAGCAGCUGAUGAUGAAGGCUACAAACCAACUUUUUCAGAGAUCGAUUCUGUCGGCCAUAGAGACCACAACCUUGAAUCACCUAUAGUCGAAAAUCUGCAAUAUACUAUAUUAAAAAAGAACAUUGAGUCGAAGAACUCGAUUUUGAAAAACAGGUCAAUGAUUCUUGAAGAUGAGGAGGUCAACGAUUCCAAUCUUAUGUCAGCUUCAACUCCAAUUGAUGCUGGCCUUGGGCUGAGCAAGCCAAUUCAACACACAGGCCAUGAAGUAAGAUACAACAUCGAAAACGACGGCUUUAGAAAAGACGACAACAUCUUCCCACUGUAA